ACAGACACUAGAAUGGUAGGAAUUAUUUUUUAGUAACGCAGGAAAUUCAGUGAGGGAAUUGUGGAAAUAAUUUGAUUAGAGGUGCCUGAACUUCUACCAUCACUUUAUUGUAUUCGCAUUCAAUUUCCCUGCAUGUAUUUCUAGAACAGAAGAAGCUACAAUGCUAAUUAAAGUCAAGACACUCACUGGCAAAGAAAUCGAGAUCGACAUCGAGCCUACAGACAAGGUGGAGAGAAUAAAAGAGAGAGUGGAGGAAAAAGAGGGAAUCCCACCCCAGCAACAGAGACUCAUCUACAGUGGAAAACAGAUGAAUGAUGAGAAAACGGCAGCUGAUUACAAGAUCCAGGGUGGCUCUGUGCUACAUCUGGUUCUUGCACUAAGAGGUGGGCGGGUCCACCAGCAUCCCAGCAGCCUCCUCACAUCUAUGUAACCGCCAGUCCUGCCUUGGCCACCUUAGAGAUUCAAUAUAUUCACACAUGUUGUCAGAAACCAUUUGAACCAUCUGGACUGAUGAGUGGUAGCCAGUGCAUUCUUUGUUGGAAUAUUCAUCAGCUUUUUUCCUGUUAAUGACCCCCCCAAAUGAUUAUGCUCUUUUUGUUAAGUUUACAAGACGUGUUAAAAAUCAAGGUAAAACUGAUGUAUCGGUUUGUCAAUAAAAAUUGAUGCAACCAUUUAAGCAUGUA